AACAUCAGCGCAGUGUGAGGAGAGCUCCCUUCUCUGGCCUCCUUCCAGGGAACCAACAUGUCCAAUGACCCCCCUCCUCCUUACCCAGGGGGCCCCAGUGCCCCGCUUCUCGUGGAGAAAAAUGGGCAACCUUCAGUUCCUGCAGCCAGUGCUCCAGUAACGACAGGACCUCCACAAGGGCCGCCACUGCCUCCAGAUUAUGGACCUCCACCUUAUGAAGCUACACAACAAUCAGGCUUUGUUCCUCCACACGUCCCAGGAGAAGGUCCCAUGCCUAAGCCUGUGCAUAUGCCAAUGCCCAUGCCUCAUCCUCACGGUGGUUACUAUGCUCCGCCUGGACACUUUCCUCAUCCGAUGGCUGAGCACUAUGGUCCGGGGCCCAGUCACUUUGCUCCAGGUCACACAGCCACAGUCCUCGCCCCUCCGCGUGCCGCCACCACCACCGUGACUGUUAUACAGGGGGAGAAUUUCCAGGCGACUCCAGUGCCGACGAUUUGUCCACACUGCCAACAACCCAUCAUGACCCACAUCAGCCACAACAUCGGCCUCAUGAAUACUAUUGUCUGUAUGUUCUGCUUCUUUUUCGGGUGUGAGCUAGGUUGCUGCUUGAUCCCGUGUUUCAUGGACGACCUCAAAGACGUGACGCACACUUGCCCGAACUGCAAGGGCUAUAUUUACACAUACAAGCGCAUAUGCUAACAGUUUAUUCCAUCAACAAUCUUGCUGUGACCUCAUUCUGGUGGGUGUUGAUGACUCGCUUUUUCGUGUUCAUUUUGCCGAAACUGACAGUCCAUAUUUCCAGCCUCUUCUCACUUCAUGUAACUAUUGAUUCUCACUCACUUUGAGAUAGUUACUGAUGCUAGUAAAAUUAAGCAGCGGUCAUUGAAGGAUCGGUAGAUUUUAUAUGCACAAUGGUCAGGGUUACAUUGUGUCAUCCAAGUACUGUUUUAUUUUUAUUUUAGCAGUAGAGCAAAGUGUAUACAUUUAGAGAAUAUGUGAAAACAUUAACCUCGAAAAGCUCUUGUGAAUAUUACUGAGUAGCGAAACUAAAUGAAGUUCACUUCAGGGUCAGUAUUGUUGGAUUGUAGAAUUAUUAUUUUAUGAAUUAUUGUUAUAUUUUAACCUAUUAAAAUGAAAGUCUUUGAUGGCUGGGUCUGGGGCUUUUGAAGUCCUGAAGUAACAUUGUUACUUUUACAUGUGAAAAUGUCACCGUAUUUGGUAUUGUAUGCAAAUGUCAUGGGAUUUUUUUUGCUUUCACUUUUGUUUUUGAUUCUUAUAUUUGUCGAUAAGGCUCAUUUCAAGUCGAUUUGAUAUAUGUGUAUUGAUGUAACAGCCAUUGUGUCAUUUUAGAUGAAGGAUUUCUGUUGGUAAAGGGAUCUGUAUGUUCAUCUAAAUUUCCUUUUAGUACUUUAGAGAUGUCAUGCUAGGGACAUAUUUGUCGAAUUCAGCCAAAAUACACUUAAUUUUUUGGAACUGUGAAUCAGAAUUAUAGCCAUGGUGCUUUUCAAACCACUUUACUAGCUGUUCUGUGUUGUCUGUUUGAGAGUUCUGUAAACUAUCAUCUGCUAUUCAGGUCAGUUUAUUAAUCGUUAAUAAGGUAGAUCUGUGUUUGCUGAUACUAAGGUUGGUGUAGAAACAUCUAUAUUAACAGAUAAGCAUCCUUUAACAGUUAUUCUGCUGAAGAACAUGUUUAGAAGUGGUUGUUGCAUAUUCUUCGAAAAGAAAAAGACUUUUCUGGUUAAGGCUGUUCAAAGCUGCUUUGCUGUUGGAGUUCGCCAGCAUGAUGAAGGACGCUGCAUGAAAUCACUGUAAUCUUGCAUAGCGCUCUGUUGGGCCAUAUGUGCCCUCAGUGUGUCACGCUGUGCUGGCUGCUGCACUGGGCUUCAUAACUCAAAGCAGAUUAACCCUUCGCUUAUUAAUACUUUGUGCAACAGGCCACAACGAUUUAAAGGAUGAUUAUUAUUAUUUUUAUUUUUUUUAUUUUUUUUUUUUUUUGUGGUCAGGUUGUGAUUUAUAUGGAAUCAUCCAAAGAGAUUGUGUCCUGGCUCAGAAAUUUUACAUUUUCUGGUCGUUUUGUUCUGUCCAUAAAUGUGAUUUACUGCUGAAAUGGUACGAAAUUUUAAAGGUACAACAUCAGCAGUGCUUAGACACUAUAUAUAUUUAUCUAUUUACCUCGGUUUAUAAUUUUUUCUUUAAAACUACACUAAGUAACAUUUGGGUCUGUAGCGGUUAAAAAAAAUAAACCUGCAUGGGUCUUGCGGAAUAACAUUGUUUUGGUUGUGCUUCGGCUCCGGUUCUCUGCGUGGAUGAAUGUAGUUUGACGGACCGCUGUAUCGGUGUGCGGGGUUUCUUUAAAUUUUACAAUCGCGAUUUCCCGUAUUGAAUGAUCCAUGGUAAUUUUUCUCGUUCGUUGUGACAGCAAACUCUAAGUUUGUACGCCUCUCCCACAACAUAAACGCUAAGAUAUUUCUCUGCGUACGGAUAUAUGCUGAUAAAUAAUGCAAUGCACGGAAGAAUGUCCUAGUAGCCUAUGCAAUUUCACGCAAAAUCCGUCCUCACUGCUCUAAAAAAAAAGUAAUAAGUAAUUAUUAUAGGGUAAUUAAAUUGUAUUUGGGUGAAUUAAGGACGUUUUUACUCUAGCUCUUUAAUAAUAAUAUUUAUUUUCAUCAAAAAGUUACAUAGUGUAGUUUUAAAUGAAGAUUUAGAUAAUAAUCAUGUUUCUCUGGUAGACAAUCUGCCAACAUUACAGCUAUUUAACAAUCAGACUUUCCAUCGUACUGUUUAACACAAAACGUAGCAGUCGCUCGGUAAAUGCACACACGCCUCUUUGUAUGAUCUUUUUAAUCAAAAACAAACACUGAAUUUUCAUAGUAUUAGCCCUAUAUGCAUGCAGGUGUUACAAACUGCCACAUUCAAUUCUGAUUUCAAAGUAUUCAGCAGUUAAAAUUCCAAUGUACUCUUGUCUGACUGAAGAAAAAAAAAAAAGAAUUACCUCAUCCCAUCCAUCUUAAUCUCAUUUUAUCAACCAUGACCUGUAAUAUCAUCAAGACACCUUGCCAUCAUCUGCAAAAACUACAUGAUGUCUGUUUGAUUAUUGGAAGAUAAUCUCCAGUAAAUAUGUAUGCAUGACCAUGGGGUUUACUUGCACAGUCCAGUCUGACUCCCUUUAAUUUAAUAUGCUCUUGACUGCGUAGGUCUGCUUGCUUUGUAAAGUGACUUGAUGCUGUUGCAGACAAUAGAUGUCAAGCUUGAGAAAUAGUAUAUGGCACUACACCAGAUGCCAUCAAAUGUGUAUGUAAAACAAAACUUAUGGACUGACUGAACAAAUAAAAAGACAAACUGUAUCAUA